UUACCCACAUGCACACGCCAGCAGCACCAACAGCCCCUGUCAGCAGCCUGCAAUCGCUGGAGCGCCCCGCUCCUCCGCCUCUCUCUCUCCUCCUCCUUCUUCUCCUUCUCCUUCUUCUCCUUCUCCUCCUCCUCGCUGCCUACCGGCCUGCGGCACCCCUCCGCGGCCUCCAGCCCCACCAGCGCACAGACAAUGACUUCAUGCGGAUUAUGCAUCUGAAGAAAUCACCAGCUCCCAGAUAGCCACAGGGGGAGGUAUCCAUGUGUUUGGCAAGGAAGCAGCCUCCUGCUCGCCUUCCUUCUCCCCCUCUUUUCUCCUCGCACCCAGCAGCUGCCUCCUCUUCAGUGAUGGUCGCUUCUGGUCCCCCCGCACAGUGCUGAGUGAGGCCCCAGCGCAUCCUUGCUCCCACGCUUGGACCAAGGUACCACCGAGGCUAUUUUUAUUCCCCCUCCUUCUUUUCCGGUUCGCCCGCUGCUGCCGGUGCCUCUCGCACCCUCCGUGCUUGUGCGUCUCCCGCUCCUGUCUUCCCACCCAGCGGCAAGAGGUGGAGGAAAGCUCAUCCCAACCCCGGCAUCCUCGUCACGGCGGCAGCUUCUGCUGCGGAGCAGAACAAGCCCAGUGCCAGCUCCGGCCACCAGCCCUGAUUCCAGAGUGGCCACCCCAGCGUGCCAGCACGGACCAUGAUGGACCUGAAGGUGGAUGAGGAGGAGGUGGACAGUGGGCACCCGGUGAGCAUCCAGGCCUUCGCCAGCAGCUCCACCCUCCACGGGCUCUCACACAUCUUUUCAUAUGAGCGGCUGUCGCUGAAGCGCGUGGUCUGGGCUCUUUGCUUCCUGGGCUCGCUGGCGUUGCUCGCCCUCGUCUGCACCAACCGUAUCCAGUACUAUUUCCUCUACCCCCACGUCACCAAGCUGGACGAGGUGGCGGCCACCAGGCUCACCUUCCCCGCUGUCACCUUCUGCAACCUCAACGAGUUUCGUUUCAGCCGGGUGACCAAGAAUGACCUGUACCACGCCGGGGAGCUCCUCGCCCUGCUCAAUAACAGAUAUGAGAUCCCGGACACCCAGACCGCAGAUGAGAAGCAGCUGGAAAUCCUGCAGGACAAGGCAAACUUCCGAAACUUCAAGCCCAAACCUUUCAACAUGCUGGAGUUUUAUGACCGGGCUGGCCACGACAUUCGGGAGAUGCUGCUGUCCUGCUUCUUCCGCGGGGAGCCAUGCACCCCUGAAGACUUCAAAGUGGUGGCUGACCGCAUCGUCUACUACCUGGAGUACCACCACCUCACACUGCUCAGCGAGGAGGACAGCCCCGAGAUGACCUUCCCUGCCGUCACCUUCUGCAACAUCAACCGUGUGCGGCUCUCGCAGCUCACCCAUGAGGACCUGCUCUACCUGGCCCCUCUGGUCAACUACAAGCCCGGGAUGGAGCUGGGCUUCACCCCAGCCCAGCCUGACCCUGGGGAUGAGGACAAGCCCCUAAAUUUAUAUGGGUUUUUUAACCGCACUUGCCACCAGCUGGAGGACAUGCUGCUAAGCUGCAGCUACCGGGGCGAGCAGUGCGGCCCCGGCGACUUCGCGGUGGUCUUCACCCGCUAUGGGAAGUGCUACACCUUCAAUGCGGGGCAGGACGGGAAGCCACGGCUCAUCACCAUGAAGGGGGGCACUGGCAACGGCCUGGAGAUCAUGCUAGACAUCCAGCAGGACGAGUACCUGCCAGUGUGGGGGGAAACAGAUGAGACUUCGUUCGAAGCCGGGAUCAAGGUGCAGAUCCACAGCCAGGAUGAGCCCCCGCUGAUCGACCAGCUGGGCUUCGGGGUGGCACCCGGCUUCCAGACCUUUGUGUCCUGCCAGGAGCAGCGGCUCAUCUACCUGCCGCCUCCCUGGGGCGACUGCAAGGCUGUGGCAGGUGACUCAGAGUUUUACGACACCUACAGCAUCACCGCCUGCCGCAUCGACUGCGAGACCCGCUACCUGGUGGAGAACUGUAACUGCCGCAUGGUGCACAUGCCAGGCGAUGCCCCUUACUGCACCCCGGAGCAGUACAAGGAGUGCGCAGAUCCAGCGUUAGAUUUCCUGGUGGAGAAGGACAACGAGUACUGCAUCUGCGAGAUGCCCUGCAAUGUGACCCGCUAUGGCAAAGAGCUUUCCAUGGUCAAGAUCCCCAGCAAGGCCUCUGCCAAGUACCUGGCCAAGAAGUACAACAAGUCGGAGCAGUACAUCGGGGAGAACAUCCUGGUGCUGGAUAUCUUCUUUGAAGCCCUGAACUAUGAGACGAUUGAGCAGAAGAAGGCAUACGAGGUGGCCGGUUUGCUGGGUGACAUCGGAGGGCAGAUGGGACUGUUCAUUGGGGCCAGUAUCCUCACGGUACUGGAGCUGUUUGACUACGCCUACGAGGUGAUAAAGCACCGACUGUGCCGGCGAGGCAAGUGCCGCAAGAACCACAAGAGAAACAACACAGACAAGGGUGUCACACUGAGCAUGGAUGACGUGAAACGCCACAAUCCCUGUGAAAGCAUACGGGGCCACCCAGCAGGCAUGACGUACGCAGCCAACAUCCUACCUCAUCACCCGGCCCGGGGCACCUUUGAGGACUUCACCUGCUAACUGACGUCUGGAUGUACAACUUGAGCUACCAAAGCCCUCCGGAGAGCUGCCCUUCUCCCUGUGAGCACCAGCGGAGAGACACAUCUAGGAGACCUUGCUCCUCGCCAAGGUGGGACAUGGACAAGAGCGACGGCCUUGGAUUUUGGGGCAAGUGGUCGGGUCAGGUCAUGCUUGAACCUGGCGCACAGCCCCCGCGGCAGUGGUUCCGCGCCUGCCCUGCGCAGACUCAAGGACGCUCCAGCCCAGCCAUCCUCGCGGCAUGGGGAGCGACAUGCACAGUGGGCUGGGGCACGGGCCUGCCCCGUCUCCUCCCCUCAGCUCUCCUCGGCCUUUUUAACUAGAAACCCAGAAGCCAAGAAGAAGCAGCCAUUCGGCCGCGGUCUCCAUCCACAGCCCUGUCCGUCUGUCUGUCCAUUGUCUCCAUGUCCAUCGUGCUCCAACGCCUGGCCAGCGUUUGCUGGGACCCUCGUGCCUGGCAGGAGGGACCAUUGGGGAGCCCUGUGGUGAUCCCAGGAGGCACAGCAGUGGGUUUGGCAGUCCCAGGAGAGCCUCGCUGUCCUUGUGGCCCGCAGCCUGCCUUUGCCUGGGCUCUCUUGGCCACUCCACGCGCAUGACAGGGCACAUCCACCUCUCCAAAUCGUCUUCCUUGGCACCCUGCCGCCAGGACAGCAGUGCUCAGCCACCGAGCUCACUAGCCAGCCGCCAGCACCAGGGGAGCCGGCACCGAAGACCCCACCACCCAGGCACUUGCCCUUGGCUGCAUCGGGUUAGGUGAUGGUGUGGUCUCCUCAUCUGCCUCUCCUGGGCUCCACACAGCCUGGCCGGUGCCAGCCCUGCCCCACAGUCCCUCCUGUCCCCAGAGAACCUGGGGUUCCACCAAAAAGAGCCAUCCUCGGGGAGAAAGGUGGAAGGAAACCUUCUGGCCUCUAAUUCAGCUGCAGCCACUGGCCCGGCUCAGCCAGGACCACCACGAGGGACAGUCCCGUGGCACCACUUUGGCCAGGUGGGCAUAGGAGCCCCAACACCCAAAGGGUUCAUUGGUUGAUGGCCACCCCACAGCACAGGGUGCUCUGCUCCACGGGCCCACAGGUUCCCACCCCUCUGAACGCCACCGGGUCCUACCGGCCCUGGGGGUCUUCUCCCAGCUCGCAGCCCCGGGACCGACGCUACCCAGGGACCUGCUGGCCAGCACUGGCCAAGUGUCCGCUAGCCAGGUCCACAGGUGCCCUGCCAUCUGCUCCACGGCCAGUGGGAACUGGUCACCCCCAGCCCCUGCCAGGCCCCCCCAGCCAGAGCCCUCCCAGGGCCGAAGUGCUUCUUAUCUUUAAGAGCUUUUGCAAUAAGUCUUUUUAGUAAUUAUUAUUUCUAAACGGCGGUUUUCUUUUGAUUAUUGUCAUUAUUAUGAUGAUUCUUUGCUUCCUGACCAAAAUUAGGACCUGGGUGUCAGUCCUUUGUAUCCAGCAAUUGCCCAAAGACGACAGGUCGGCCACAUCCAUAAAUUUUCUUAUGGAUUUUUCCUACUGUUUCAUUGCAUUUCAUUUAUUUAUUUUCUUCCUUCCUCUUUCCCAUUCAAGCUUUUAAAGAUGGGGCUGGGAUUUGACCUUGUUGCUCACCUGUUGAAGCAUAAACUUCUUUGUUUCUAUUAUGUCAUCUGCAUUUUAUAUUUCUUAUAUAUAAUAUAUAUGACUAUAUAUAUAUGUGUACAUAUAUAUAUAUAUAUCUAUAUAUGCAUCAUAUCAGUGUAGAUACCCAUCCAGUAGCAUUUAGGCCUUGUUCUUGUGCCAUUUUUAUUUCUGUUACUGAUCUCUGAAUGCCUUCAAGUGUAUAAAGUGUUGAAUUCUCUCUGGUAUCUGUACUAUGUACACACAUUUUCAUAGGAAGCACAAUAAGAUGACAGAUGCAUUGUACAUCAAUACCUGCUACU